AUGGGCGGCCCCGGCGAGGCCGCGCGCAGCGGGCGGGAGCGCGACGCCGCGGCUGUGGGUGUCGGCGCUGCCGUCCUGUCUGGGCACACGGAGGCCGAGCAGCGGGCGCUGGCCCUCGGCGCCUCGCGCCUGCACGCGGUGCUCGCCGCGCGGGGCUCGGCGCGGCCCGGCGGCUCCCGCGAGCUCCCGCCGGGGUCUCCGCUGCGGCGCCUCCUCGGCGAGGAGCUGGCGCUGGAGGGCUGCACGGAGGCCGACGUGAGCGCCGCGCAGCCGCUCCUGAGGCUGCUCUCGACGGAGCAGCUCUUUGCGAUCCGGGCGAAGCUGCCGGCCUCCUGGGAGGAUCGGGGGCCGCGCCGCGCCCACCGCGGCUUCGUCGCGGCCGCGGACGCGCUGCUGCUCGAGACGCUCGGGCGUUGGGCCCUCCGUGGGCCUCCAGCCGGCGGCGAGGCCGGCGGCGACGGCGCCGGCGAGGGCGGCGGCGAGGGCGGCGGCGGCCCCGGCGCGGCCGCGCUGCUGCGGAGCCUGGGCCUGCGGGUGGUGCAGGUGGUUGGCGUGGUGGAGGCGCGCAGGCGCGGCUGGGCCGUGCAGGAGCGCCUGGCCCGCCUGGGCAGGGGCGACGCGGCCCACGGCUGGUCCGCGGAGCUGCCCGCCUGCUGGGCCUUCGAGCUGGCCCCCGGGCUGUGGCCGGACGCUCGGGCGGUGGUCAUCAACGCGAAGGAGCUCUGGGCGGCGCCCACCGCGGGCCGGCCGGAGGACUUCGUGGCGCUGGCCGCAGGUGCCGAGAUCGUGGUCCCCGUGGAUAAGUCCGCUGGAGCGGGCAAGCACUGCCAGCUCCGCUGGGAGAUGAGCGUCGUGGAUCCGAGCCGCCACGACGUGUUGACCCAGCUGCGCCUCGCCGGCGAGCCGGCGGAGGCCCCGACUGUGCGGUGGAACGACGCCCCCCCAGACCGUAGCAGGUGCCCUCCGUCCCCGAGGGCGGCCGAGGACGAAGGCUCUCUGGGCGGCGCCCUCGCGAGCGAGGCAGCCCCGAGGUGCCACGAGUCGGGCGCCGCGCACCACGGGGGCAAGUACACAGGCGUCCUGCGGCCCGGGGGCGCGCGGUGCCGCGCCAGGAGGCGCGGGGGCGCGGCCUCGCCGUGCUCGAGCCCGGAGGCGGUGCCCACGGAGGCUGGCG